GACUCAAUUUACUUCUCAAAAUUUGGCCAAACAUAUGGAUUUAAAUAUUAUUUAAAUAAUGGACGAUCAAAAUAUUGCAAUAGAUAUCAAUACGGCCAAACUUUUAGAAUGGCUUGUAUCUCGUCGACAUGUUAGCAAAGAUUGGCAAAAUCAUAUUUUAAAGAUUCGUGAAAAAAUUAAUAACGCAAUUCAAGAUAUGCCCGCUCACGAAGGUAUCAUAAAAUUACUUAGUGGUCAACACAUAAACUACUUCCAUUGUCUUGAGAUUAUAAAUAUUUUAAAAGACACAGAAAAAGAUACAAAAAAUAUAUUUGGUAUGUAUGGCUCGCAAAGAAUGAAAGACUGGCAGGAUGUUGUUAACUUAUACCAGAAAGACAAUAUUUAUCUAGGGGAAGCAGCUCAAAUUAUGAUCAGAAAUGUUUCUUAUGAAAUUCCUAGUUUAAAAAAACAAAUUCAAAAGCUGGAGCAGAGUAAAAUUGAAAGCGAGAAAAAAAUUAAGGAUUAUAACAAAUCAGAGAGUCUAACUUUAAAAGAAUUCAAUACCUCUUGCGAACAGUUGGGCAUCAAGGGAAACAAUAUAAAAUUAGAAUUACUAGAGUUGGUCAAAGAACUUCCAAUAAUAUACGACAAACAAAUGAAUAAAAUUAAAACCGUGAAAGCAGUUAUUGAUCUGUAUACUAGUUUUACAGAGUUUAUAAUAAAUGAAUGUUCCCAUGUUUUAAGCACAUUAAGUUAUGUAGUGCAGAAUGGAAAUACAACUACUUAUGAAUUUAUUCAUGGAGAAAAACCUCUAAGUAUUGAAGAGGUGACUCAACCUCAAAUAAUUGAAGAGGCAGAUGAAAAUGUUAUAGAUUUUGGGGACAAUAUUGUUUUUGAAAGUAAUACUGGAAUUGAUUUUGGUGAUCAAAUAGUUAUUGAAAAUCCACAAAUAAUUGAAGAAAAAAUUGACUGGGGUUCAUCACGAGAAUCUUCCAAUGAAGAGUCAUUUGAAAUAGUAAAUUAUGAUGAUUUAAAUACAGAAAUUGAGAUUAGUCGUGAACAGUCAGGCAUUAUAGAAAAAUCAGGUGAUGGUAUUGCAAGAGGUGAUGAAGCCUUACAUUUAUUGGAUAACUCAAAAUAUAGAGAUCAAAUUAUAAAUGAUCUUAUAGAACUAGAAGCAUUUCUAAAAAUAAGGCUUUUUGAAAUGUCUAAUGAUUCUGAUUUAUUAACAUUGUCACAAAUGCAAGAAGCUCCAACAAUAUUGCAGAUGCAAACUGUUGAAACUUUAACUCUUUUAAGUGAUUAUGUUCAUAAAGCUUUAAAUGAACUAACUAAUAGAAGAUUUCAACACUUGUAUAAUAUUAAACACUCUCCUAAAUAUGUGGAUAUUCUAACAGAUACUUUAAAACAAAAGCUAUCUAUAGUAGAAAGAAUAAAAACAAGUAAAGAUAUAUUAGAAAUGAAAAUUAAGGACUGUAAUAUGGAUAUAAACAAAAUUGAACCGGUUCUUAAAACUGCUAUAGAAAAAACAAAGGAAUUGAAAAGUCAGAUUGAGGAAGAUAUUUCAAAAAAAUAUAAAGGAAGAGUUGUUAACAUAGUUGGUGGUAUAAAUACUUUAUGAUUGUGUAAUACUAUAUUGUAAGAUUAAAUUUAUACAAAUAUGUAUAUUUUACAUAAAAUGUAGAAGAGGGGAUGAAAUUAAUUUAUACUGUACACCACACAUUUAUUUUUGAAACAACAUAUCAAAUACAUAUUAAGCAACCAUUUCUACAGAAUUAAUAACUUUAUUUCAUCUUUUAAAAGCAUAAUGUAUAUUGUAAUAAAUAUAUUAAAAUUCUUAUUAAUAAAAUUCACAUUUUUUUAACU